AUGCCUGACAUUUCCUUUAAUGGAAAGGAUUUCAAUAAAACGCCAGUGCGCGGCAGAGACUCGUUACAGGGGGAAUAUCAGCGGAAGUUGUAUAAGGAGUUGAUGGAGAGCUAUAACAGACUGGAAAGGCCCGUGCUCAAUGAUUCUGCACCUAUAGUGGUGGAGCUGGGACUCACACUGCUUCAGAUCAUAGACGUGGAUGAAAAAAAUCAGGUAUUAAUAACCAACGCCUGGCUACAGCUGGGAUGGACAGAUAUCUAUCUGAGCUGGAACCCUGAUAACUACCCUGGUGUUCAGACCCUGCGUUUCCCAUCCAAUCAGAUCUGGACACCAGAUAUUCUGCUGUACAACAGCGUGAAGAUUGCUGGAGAAUGCUUCUGUGCACAAUGGAAAGCUGUCAAUUUCACGUUAUCUCAGAGAGGUAUUCUGAAGAGUACAUGUUACAUAGAUGUGCGCUGGUUCCCGUUCGAUAUACAGAAAUGUGACCUCAAGUUUGGCUCCUGGACUCAUAACGGCUGGCUGCUGGACCUGCAGAUGCAGGCAGUGGACAUCUCCACAUACAUCCCCAAUGGAGAAUGGGAUUUAGUGGGGGUCCCUGGGAAGCGUAAUGAGUUGUAUUACGAGUGCUGUAAGGAGCCGUACCCUGACGUGACUUUUACAGUAACGAUGCGCAGGCGAACCUUGUAUUAUGGUCUGAACCUGCUCAUUCCCUGUGUGCUCAUCUCUGGCCUGGCUCUGCUCGUCUUCCUGCUUCCAGCAGAUUCUGGAGAGAAGAUAUCACUGGGUAUCACUGUCCUCUUGUCAUUAACGGUCUUCAUGCUGCUAGUGGCUGAGAUCAUGCCGGCCACCUCUGACUCAGUUCCUCUCAUAGCUCAGUACUUUGCCAGCACCAUGAUGAUUGUGGGUUUGUCGGUUGUUGUCACCGUCCUCAUUCUGCAGUUUCAUCAUCAUGAUCCACAAGGUGGAAAGAUGCCAAGAUGGGUACGUGUGAUCCUGCUCAACUGGUGCGCCUGGUUCUUGCGCAUGAAGAAGCCGAAAUACAAACAUGAAGUCAAUUGUGAGUGUAACUAUUUAAACUUUACACAAAACAAAGUUUUGAACUUCAAGAAGAACUAA